UCCUUCUGCCUAAUCUACUUCCGCAGUUGUGACCUUUUGUUUACGGUCUGUCACGUCAAAAUAGACAUGACUAUUCUUUUGCUUAAACUCAUGCACUUACGCCGUCUCCACGGACAUAAAAUUGAAACUGCAAACAAUCAUCAAACAUGGACAGUCGACGACGCCGUGGUUCGGAGAACGAACCGAGGCGACAACAAGUAAGCUAGCUAGUUAGCUUCCCCUGCCGUCUCUCGGCAGUUGCCCCGGCGUUCGGGCGAGAGUAUCGACUAAGCUGGAGCAACUCUGCCGGCUGUGAGGAUACACUUUCCCCUGACGCAUAAGCUAAAACAGUUCCACUACAAUGGCCUCCAGCUUUCUCAAUGCGGAUGAUGCGUCCCCGUCGAGCCUGACGGACCUGUGCCUCACCUUCGUGAGCCAGAAUCUGGAGUGCUUAUGCGUGAAGCGCGCCGACGGCUCACUAUGCUUCCGGGAGUCCGCGCUCUUCCCGCAGGAGCUCGCGGACCAGCUGCUGGCCAAAAUGGCAACGGAUGGUCUGCUGAAUGAUAGCACAGUGGGCGUGUUCCGCAACUGCGAGUACCUCCGGCUGAGGCGGGCGUGCAUCCGCACGGCACGCAUAUCCGCCGAGGCCUUCCAGCGAGCCCUCUGUCCUCACAGGCUGUCUGAGCUGGACGCGGCCCGGGUCAAUGCUGACCUGACCAUACCCGACAUUUUGCAUGGGCUGGCCACCAAUAAAUAUUGUCAGGAUUCCCUCCAGCGACUGGUGCUGACGGGGCUCACCAUGUCCUCCCUGGAGGAGCCAAGCCGCCAUGGUUUCAGCGCCCUGCAAGGCCUGCGCUCGCUCUUCCUGGCCAACGUGGACUUUUACGACUCAGGUCUGGCCGACGUGUGCGCCCUGCCGCGACUGGAGAGCCUGGAUCUGUCCAAUACGUCGGUCACUAACCUGAACCCGCUGCUGGGCCUGAAGGAGAGGCUCCGCUCGCUCACGCUGCAUCAGCUGAAGAGGCUGGAGAUGAGCAGCGCGCAGCUGCUAGCGGUCAUUGGCCAGCUGGAUGUGUUGCAGCACCUGGAUAUCAGCGAUGACAAACAGUUCACCUCCGACGUUGCCCGUCAGCUGCUUGGACAACCCGGUAUACUUCCCGCUCUUGUUUCGCUGGAUGUGUCGGGAAGGAAACAGGUAACGGAUGCGGCUGUGAAGGCAUUUGUGGACGAGAGACCGCAAAUGACAUUUGUUGGACUUCUGGCCACGGAUGCUGGGUUUUCUGAAUUCCUCUCUGGAGAUGGAAACCUGAAAGUGACGGGGGAAGCUAACGAAACGCAGAUCUGCGAGGCGCUGCGGCGCUACAGCGAGCGGGAGGGCUUUGUCAGAGAGGCGCUCUUUCACCUCUUCAGCCUCACGCACGUCAUGGAGAAGCCUCGGCCCGACAUUUUAAAGCUGGUAGUCCUCGGCAUGAAGAACCACCAGGCCACGCUCAACGUCCAGCUGGCGGCCAGCGCCUGCGUCUUCAACCUGACCAAGCAGGACCUGGCGGCAGGGAUGCCGGUACGACUGCUCAGUACCGUCACUCAGCUCCUGCUGGAGGCCAUGAGGACAUUCCCCAACCACCAGCAGUUGCAGAAGAACUGCCUGCUGUCUCUCUGCAGCGACCGGAUUUUACAAGAUGUGCCGUUUAACAGGUUUGAGGCCACUAAACUAGUCAUGCAGUGGCUCUGCAAUCAUGAGGACCAGAAUAUGCAGAGGAUGGCUGUCGCUAUUAUUUCCAUUCUGGCUGCGAAGUUGUCCACAGAGCAAACAGCUCAGCUGGGAGCAGAGUUGUUCAUAGUGAAGCAACUGCUCCACAUUGUGCGUCAGAAGGCCACUCAGGGCAUGGUGGACGCCACCCUCAAAUUCACCCUGAGCGCCCUUUGGAACCUCACCGACGAGUCACCAACAACUUGCCGCCAUUUUAUUGAGAACCAAGGACUUGACCUGUUCAUCAAGAUUCUAGAGUCCUUCCCGAACGAGUCGUCCAUUCAGCAAAAAGUCCUCGGCCUCUUGAACAACAUAGCGGAGGUGGGUGAGCUGCAUUGCGAACUGAUGGUACACACCUUCCUGGACCACAUCAGGACUCUGCUGCACAGCCCCGAGGUGGAGGUGAGCUACUUUGCCGCCGGCAUCCUGGCGCACCUGACGUCACGGGGAAAGGACGCUUGGACACUCGGACCUGAACUCAGGUCCUCCCUGCUGGAGCAGCUGCAUGACGUCAUCAUGAAGUGGCCUGCGCCUGAAUGCGAGAUGGUGGCCUACAGGUCGUUUAAUCCCUUCUUUCCCCUGCUGGAGUGCUUCCACACGCCAGGAGUCCAGCUGUGGGCUGCGUGGGCCAUGCAGCAUGUCUGCAGCAAGAACGCCGGGCGCUAUUGCAGUAUGCUCUUGGAAGAAGGCGGCCUACAGCAGCUGGAACGGGUGCACGCCAACCCACAAACACACCCGGAUGUUGGCCAGCUGACGGAGAGCAUAUUGAAAAGCCUGGAAUGCCACCGGGCGCGCACAGGCCAGCCCACCACUGCCCGUCCGCCACCUCAUCAUUAAACUUCACCAGGGUACUCAACCCCGCGAGACCUGAGUGAAUCUCUCUUAUGUAAAAAUGAAUGGACGGAGAAUGCGCAGUGUUUUGCACACGUACCUUAUUUAUAUUACACACGAAUGUUUCAAGUAC